AUGACUUUUCCAGUACUUGCAGCAACAAAUUCUGUAUUCCGUCCAAAAGAUUGGAAGAAAUUUCGUUCCCGCUAUUACAAGCUAUAUACACGCAAAACUACCUGGCAAGAGGCAAAUGCAACUUGCAAGCUUGAAGAAGGAGCAACACUCGUUUCACUUAACGACAAACGAGAAGAAGACUAUGUGACGAAACAAAUGAAGUCAAACGGCAGUAAUACUUUUCAUAUUGGAUUAAUAGCAGCAGAUUAUCCGGGGAAUUUUGAAUGGCUGGAUGGCAGCAUAACCUCUUACAGGAAUUGGGUUAGUGGUUUUGCAAAGACGUUUACUGGAAAACCAAUAUUUGUGUCGGUUGGUUUGAAUGGUUGGUUUACCUCAGAUGAGAAUAUAACAGCGGCUUUUAUGUGCAAAUACACGCCAGGUAAGAAAUAAAGUUUUUACGCAUGGCUACUGUUGUCGAUAUAUAUCAGUAAGUUAGUUAUCAUAAAUGCAACGAAAAAUUUCUUUUCUUUAAGAAAAAUACUUAAAUUCGGCCAUAUUGUAUGUGGACGUUCUCCUUUGAAGACGAUUUCGCCCUAUUCAGACGUACUGGGGUGUUCAGCGGCCUUCUGGGACUAAGAGAGGGUUGGGCGGAAAGGGACGACGGUCAAUAUUUCGUGAACCAUUUUGUGUAUUCCGACAAAACCUUUACAGGUAGAUGGUAUAUGCCUUCUUCAUGUAUAUCUUACAGUUACUGUAUGUUCAAUGUUUUGCACUAGUUACAACAUGAGACGCAGUGUUGUAUCGGAUAUAACACAUUAUGCGCGAAUGAACACCGCGGAAAAACGUCUGCGCAUGCACCAAAUUAUGAAAAUAUGGCGGGGAAUUUGAAUAUCAAUUUCUAAAACAAAAACAUGCUUAUUAAUUGGUCAAAAAUUAGUAAAACAAACGAGAAAAUAUAGCAAAUGGGUAGACUAGACAUUAAUUGAAAGCGUCCUGGCAUUUAAAGUAUGGAAUGAUAUAUAAUUCAUGUAAAAAAUUGUUGAUUUUAACGGACACGACUUCGAAAAUUUUUGCAAAAUUAUUCAAAACAAAAUUUCAAACUCAAAAGUUAAGAAAACUCUCGAAAAGUUAAGCUUCUUAACCCACUCAAAUUGUAGAAUUAAUCCUAAAGUUUAAUUAUUGUGAACACGAAAAUUUUCUAUAUUUGGCGACACGGUUUUUUUUAAAGAAAUGUAUCUCAAACGAAAAUUCGGAAAUUGUCGUUGCUUAGUUGAUAAACAAAAUGUUUUAGACGAUAAAUUUGUCAACAAUCACCUUUAGUUCAUGUUCUUGUACAAUACAAUUUCUUGAACCUUCUGGCUGUAUUUAUUCCUAGUUUUUAGAAUGACAUGUUUAUUUUUGCGCUCGAAAUCUGGCUGUAAAGACGCACAAUAAAGUCAUUCCUUUUUACCGCCAUUUUGAGCCUUCGGAAACGUUCGGAACAGCUUCCCAUCAAGUUCGCAAUACUAUUACAGGUAAGGUUGACGCAUGCGCAGACGUUUUUACGCGGUGUUGCGCGAAUGUUGUUGUGAAACGUCUUGAUGAGAACAUUCGUAUUCUUCAACAUUUUAAAAUAAAAGAAUGAUAUUUGGUGAGAAUAUUCACUCAACUCACUUAUUGAACCGUUAACGUUUAUGUAAAUCAGGUUGCAAGCUCAUGAUUUCUUUUGUGUUUUCUUCAUGAAUUAUUGAUAAGUUUGACAAUUUAAAAAUUAAUACAGUAAAAAGUUAGCAUAUCAAAAAAAAAUUAUUUCUAUAAAAAACUGCUUCCUUUUAUUGUACCUAUUAUAAUGUAAUUUAAAAAUUUGAUGUUGGUGGGCGUUCACGACUACGCUGUAACUUAUUAAUUUUUCGUGGCGUAUUAAUUUUUCACUAAAUUUUCCACACAUAAAACCCAUAAUUACUGAAUAUUUAGGAAAAGUCAAAAAAUAUCAGAACCUAUGUACCUGCACUGUUCAGAACAUUGGGGUUAAACUAAUUUUCUAAGUCCACUUUCGCAAUCACCCUGACUAUCUUGGGAAACAAAUUGAAAAAACUCGUUAAAAUUUGCUUAUUAUUCACAUCUGUUUGGAAUAUCUUAUAAUGACUUGUUUCUACCCACCACACAUUAGGAAUUGGGCCAUGUGAUUUUGAAACAGGUUGGUGUGGCUGGCGAGACAAUUUUACCACAAACGGUUCUAGAUGGUAUCGUUCAGUGGACGAAGAUCGCACAUCUUCAGAAGGAUCACUAUUGGGUUAGUAUUGGGUUACUAACUGACCGAGAGUGAGGGCAGUAUGGGAAAAUAUCCAACCUCGGUCUUGCUGUAUUGGCGGAGCGAUAGCGAGGUCAAUACAGCAAGAUCGAGGUUGGAUAUUUUCCCGUACUGCCCGAACGGUUGAGGUCAGUAAGUUUUUUAUUAUAUGGCAUUGUACGUUUGUAAAAAAAUGGGAAAAAGGUCACACGAGGGCAAAGUACAAAGUCCGAAACAUUUGCGAAAAAAAGUAAAAAACAAUUGUAAAAAAUGUUCUCUUGGACUUGGUUAAUAGUAUACUUACAGUACUCUACAGCCCUUUUUAUGUAGAAUACUGACACAGUUUGGAUAGUAUUUCAAGAAAAAUACGAGGUAUUUCGUCAUUUAAUCAAAGACAGCAGAUAUGAAAACAAUAAAAUGAAUAAACAGUAUGGACAAGUACGUUUUUAGUAGACUUGUUUUUAGUUUGCUUCAUCUCAUAUUUAUGUCUCUUGUUAUCUAACAAAAACAGAAAUUUUCAAGGAAAAAAUAUAAAUCUGUGGCUGCUUUAGUUGUAUUUUUCAUUUACGACGAUGUUGAAUUCCUCCUGGACAGUCUUCGCAAAGUCAAAACACAACUAUUCGUGGCUGCUUUAAUAUUUAUAAACAUUGUAAAAUUCACCUUGUAAUUUCGAGUUUCGCUAACAAAAACAUAUUAAGAAAGAUCUUUAAAUUAACCACAGAAGGUGCUCCUUUUCUUUAGUUUAGGUAUAUUUUUCUUCGUUUUGAAGACACUUUUUGCCGUUUAAUUGAAACUCGCCUCUCGUCGCGGGGCAAUAAAAAUUGCGUAUUGCCCGUGGGCAAUGCGGGGAAAAUUCUGCCUAGUCAGCAGCGAAUCAAAUUGCGCGAUUCAUCAAAACAAAUGCUUGCCUUAUAAUUAAUAUAUGUUAUUUACCGUUGGAGGUUCGUAUAGAGAAAUAUUUCUCGAGGUCUUAAAAACGGCCCGAGGCCGAAGGCCAAGGAACGUUUUUAAGACCGAGGAAAAUAUUUCUCUAUGCGGACCGACCAUACCGGAAUAUUAUAUUUUUAUUUUUUUAGUUCUCGCCCUCUGAAUUUCCCCAAACUCCCCUCCCGCACGCGAAUGAAGUUGCCAAAUAAGGCAGUCGCCUGACAUGCUUAUUUAAAAAAUUCAAGCAAUUUUCAAGCGAACAAAAGUCGUUUAAAUAUAUAAAUAUCCAAUGGAAGCCUUUAUUAUAAAGGAAUGAAAUCUAACAGAAAAACCUCAUAAAGGUUAUAUUUAGACCGAGUCAUAAGAUUGACAUUUAAUUAAUUUAAUUUAAGAGCUGGGCAUUUAAUUCUUGGUAGGCCUAUGUUUUCAAGUCUCUUGUCUCGUAUAUUGAUUCAAAGUACCUAUUAAUUCACUUUCACUGUGUUAUUCAUCGUUUGCAGAUAUUUUAAUAUUUUAAAAAGUAGCCUUUAAACUCGUCUUUAAAUUCUUAAAAAUAGAAACAUUGGCUCUAUACGGCUUUAAAUCUUGCGCGGUCCGUACGGGCUAAUACGAACCACUCGCGUAGCCAAUAUCAGAUUGCAGAAAAGCGUAAAAUGGUGAAAAUAAUAUUUUACGAGUGGUGAAAAUAAUAUUUUACGAACGAGCGCAGCGAGUGAGUAAAAUAUUGUUUUUAACACGAGAAGAUAAAAGUCAUGGGCUAUCUUCAAGCCACCGUGUAAUGUUCUGUUUAUUUAUAACAAUUAUAGACAACAAAGCCGAGUUGUCUAUGAGCGAAUAGUCAACGAGGCGAAGCCGAGUUGACUAUUCGUUCAGGGACAACGAGGCUGCGAGUUGUCUAAUUGUUUCAGUAUAAACCACAAACGGAAUUUUUCACUUGAUUUUUAUGUAAAAUAAUAACGUUUUAACAAAAUGAGCGUUUAAAUGGCUUCCUUUGGCGACAUUUUGCUUGCGGCAGUUGUUGACAACUACUCAGUGUUGCCAGCUCCCAAGAAUGACUUGAAAAAUACAACUUGCGAGUUUUUAAAAAAGAUAAAAAACAUGUCGUAAAACAGAAUAAUAGUAAGAGACCGUCAUAGAAGCAAAGUUUGGUUAAUUAAAAGAAUUAAAAAGUCCAAAUUUCCGAACACAAAAUGGCUUCCUGAAUUGUUGUAAAUAAAUUAAGUUUACGUUAAAAAGCCGAAUAAAUAAAAGAAUCCGAUUAUCCGCCGAAUGAAAGAGACAAACCGUUUCCUUAGCCUAUUAUACAUAGACAAUAGUUUAGAUUCAAAUUUAAUCGAAAAAAUAUAUUUUAAAAAAUCGCCUGACACUUUCGUGCUCAAAACAACGAGCAAAGUAGUGAGAAAACUGUCAGCAGUUUCCAAGGCAAGAGUCUUUGUUUGUGUGUAAUCCAGAACCAAAUUUAGGCCAUUUUGAUAAGCUUUUUCCCUUUAAAUGCAGCUUUUAAUACUUAAAAAAAGAUGAUGUCCACUCCUGUACACAUGCGCGAACUUUGUUUAUGUUUUGAACUGCUAUAUUUGUAAAAUAUGAUAUACUAACUGAAUAUCUUUCACUUUUCUGGUUCGCUAUGCUUGUAAAUGAAUAUAAACUCUACAUUUCAAUUCAAAAAAGUUUGAAAGAUGCAAAAUUUGGGCAAUGUUUAUAUCUGGGGGUCCCCAUUUGUUAUCAACAGAACUGAUGCGCAGAACGGAGUGGAAAUCAUCUCUAAAAACGGUCAUUGACUCUCGCGCCCUUCGUCGCUAGCUGCUACUAGUAGGCUAUCACUAAUAAGCCUACUAGUAGCGUAGCCAAUCAGAACGCAUGAUUCAUGAUAGCCUACUUGUAGGUUUAUACUAAUAAUAUAUAGUCCCAAGCAAAAAAUAGUGAAAUUUCAGAAGCAAAUUGGAGAAAGUCACGUGAUCGAUAUCUUCAUUAGUGAAGAUAUGGAAAAUAUCUCACAGACUGUGCAUUUUUUAGUAUCCACUCUCUACUAUAUAAUAAACGAUAAUAUCAAAUCACGGUCUAUAAACAUAAUUAUGCAUGAUGGUCUGGAAACUAUCUAAACAUAAGUCAUUGUAUUAUUUUUUUCUGAGUUCAUGCUAAAUUGUGCGCGGUAUAGUGAUUGAGCUCAUUGUAUUUCCGUUUAAUGAAGUAAACACAUGGUAACAGGGACGUUUAAUCACGUAUUUCCUCAUUACCCAUGCAUACGCUUUUGUCUUCUUAAAAACAAAAGAUUUCUUUGUCUUCUAAUUUUCCUCGGCAUACUUGAUGAGGGAAAUUUAGAAGACAAAAGCGUACCUCAUUACCUCUCAUUGGAGAUCUGUACCUUAUCGAAAUCAUCGGCACAACUAUGGACAGUAUCUGACGACACUGUCCCGUACACAUUCGAACAAUCACUUUGCCAGUUUUUAUUCCGCUAUCUUGAACAUUUCAACUGUGGGAGAAUAUUCGGUUUAUGCGCAUGCCUGAAAAGAAUUGCCACGGAGAUGUGUUUCUGCGCGUGCGUAUAUAUGAAAGGUGUUCAUCCCACAAUCAUAAGACAAUCAAACAGCAUUACUAAACCUUCCUCGGUUUGCGGCGUCAUUUAAUCACUAAUUUCCCUCAAAGCAUGCGUUUACUUAUAAUAAUCGUGAAUAGGGAUACCUGAGAUGAAACGCGCGACCACGAUGAAAAAUAAUUAAUUUAAUGAAAUUGAGACAAAGGGUUUGUGCACGGGUAGGUACAGUUCAACAUCAAACAAAGGUCUUCUAUUUUGUUGCUUUGAAGAUUGCCAGAUUCUAGACCAUUGUAUCUUGACAUACUCUGCUCAAAUACAUGCAUGAAGUAAUUAAUGAGCGGUAAAGAAAGGUAUACGUCUUUAAAUUCUACAGGUGUCUACAGAAGAACGCGGGCCCCAGAGCACAACGUGUAUACGUACACAUUGAAAAAGACAUUUAAGAAUGAUAUUUACCUCAGAGCUGACAGACCGAAGGAAAUUAAGCAGCUUACGUUGUGUGUCUGGGUAUACAUUGAUAGCAGCAGUAGUAGUGGUGCAACUGUCGUAUUAUUUGGCAGAAAGCUGCAAGUCAAGAUAUAUCUCAGAGAGGACUUUAAAUUUGGUGUGAGUUUUUUCGAUUGGAAUAGGUAUGUGCAAUUUGGUAAAUAUCAGGAUUUGGAGCAUCACGAUAUAACUAAUUGUUGAAGGGAUCUGCAGAUAGAAAUUUCGAGUGGAACUUUUGUGCAUUUAUUAUAGACCUAACCAGGAGCAGUUGCGAAAAAUGGCAGGAAUCAACCUGCAGCACCACGAUCCGGCGCAGCGCUCUAACUAACUGAGCUACAGAAAGACAGCUGUGGAGCGGCUAAUUACAAGGUCAUGUGUUCAUAAACAUUCCACUCGAAAUUUCCAUCCACAACUAUCUACAAAUCCUUUCAAGAAAGUGCAAUUUGGCUUCUAUCGUGCAUUUGGAAUCCAAACUGGUUCGAGCAAAACUUCAGUUAUAAACAGUGAUAAUUGUCAAUAAUUGCAGGCAACUAUUAUUACCGUAUUGUUUUAUUUUUACAGCUUUCCCUGCGAGUGUGAAAUCUUAGGCUUAGAUAGUUAAAUGAGUUCAAUUCGUUUUCAGCACCACAAACGCAUCUGUUUCCUUUGAUUCUUGGCAGCAUCUUUGCUUUACUAUUGACACUCGCACGAACUUGUGGAAAUUUUACAAGGAUGGACUGUUAACAUAUAUUGCUUUAUCAACUAUACCAAAGUUUUCUCCUGAUGCCCUCGAUGCGGAAGAUAAUAAAGUGUUUUUGGGUCGAAAUCCAAAGGAGGCAAGUAGUCAAUUUGUAAUGAUGAUUAUAUUUACAAUAAAUAGAUGAAUCAAUAAAUCAGAGAAACUGUUAAUAAAUUAUAAAUCCAUCAUCCUUUAAUCUUUCAAUCUAUCAUCCAAUCGAUCAUUGAUACAAAUUACAAUACUACCCUGAACUCUGAGGUUGAUAAGUUGUUUGUGAUAUUACAGCACUUCGUGGGUUCGAAGUUUAUUCUCAGAUGCAUUCCCAGGGCCGUACGUUGAACUAUAAAUAAACUGGAAGGCUAACUCAGGGGGAGGGGAAAUUGAAGCCAGUGCAUUUUAGUUUUUCUGAGUUAUGAGCAGAAAUACUCAACACUGGACGUUGGGCUACAUAUCAAAUUGAAGCUAUUGAAAAACGCUAUUUGGUGUAGAAAUUUCAAGACGUUAGCUAAAAGGAAAAUAUUGAAAAACUACAAACAUAAUUACCGAUAAUUUGCCGUUUUGCAGUUGUUUUUGUAUUUUUUAAAUAUUUUUCUUUUCGCUGAAGUCUUGAAAUUUCCACACCGAAUAGCAAUUUUCAAUAGCUUCAAUUUGAUAUAUAGCCCAACGUUUGGGGUCAAGUAUUUUUGCUCAUAACUCAGAAAAACUAUUUUGGCUUCAUCAAAUCAUAGGCCUUCAUCAUAGGAGUUAGCCUUCCAGUUUAUUUAUAGUUCAAUGGGGCCGUAACGUACUAACUUGGGUAUUACGGCUGCGUGGGGGGGGUAUGAGCUUAUUCGUGCCCGACGGACAUUUCAGGCGCUAAAUUAAUAUUUUUUCCCCCAAAUUGCUGGCGAGCGGGAGGGAGAAAAAAAUUUUCGGACAUACCAUUAUUCACUAACUUACCAAAAUUUGUACAAUUUUUAUUUUUCUGUAACAUCUUCGACAAUUUAUCGAAAAUUUUCCUACAAUUACUACUUUUAAAAAUUAUGUAAAAUGUUUUGAUGAAUUACAUAUUUUUGGUCGACGAGCGUGUUGUUACACACCCCCAGGUCUAGGAGUUACGCUCCUGUGCAUUCCCCAAUUGGUCCAUUUCCGAGAGGGAGUAUAAUAAUCGGUCGCUUCACCCGUGACACUUGAAAAUUCUAAAUUCUAAACUAUACGAAAGCAACAAAGCUAUAGUAUGCCAGCCUCAAGCCUAGGUUGCAGAAAUGCGACAAAUUACAACAUAGCCGCCAAGAAUCAAAUGCUAAAAUGUUAUUUAAAAUGUUAAAUUCAGGUUGUUUCGAAGAUUGGAAUAGGCUUGUAACCUUAACCAACGUAGUUUUGGCAGCCUUUAGAAUUGAUAUGUAAAAAAGCCGACUUUCAUUUUGAUAGACAGGAAAUGAUUUAUUAGGGUUCCAUGAACAUUAAUUGACUCCAGAAAGAACACAAAUCUUCAAUAUUGAUAUGUUAUAGACAAAAUGUUUGUUUGGUCGCUGCACUAACCCCAAACAGCUUCAAGGAAAGAUGACGAAACCCAUCAUGUGGUCAAGCAUUGUAGAUGCACAUGAAAUCGCAAUUCUCGCUGCUGGUUGCGGAAUCUUCAGCGCCUCAGGAGACAUUGAAGUUUCUCAGGAUUACCAAGUAAAUCUAGAAAACCGCCAAGUAGAUCAUGGCGAGUGCACUGGGGGAAAGGGUUAGUAUAUUUUUGUUUCAUGUUUAAUCUGAAUUUCAGCGUAAGUAUCCAUCAUUAAUACAUUUCGUAGUUUUCGUACAAAAUGCGCAUCAUUGGUUCUAGCGAUUUCAUUCUUUGUAUAUAUUGGAAAAUUAAUUCAACGAAUGUUUACUUAGGUUUCAGACUUCGUUGUCGCAAUGACAACAACACUUCAUCUAUCCCUUCCAUAUCAACUUUGAUUUCACCUUGGAUGAGAUCAUCUCUCGACAGAGUUCGUGGUGCAUGUAUGAAUUUCACUUACCGCUUAUUGGGGCAUGAUUCACAAAUGAAUAUUUGGAUUGAACCGAGAAAUAUUAACAAGGAACGUCUGUGGUCGGUUAAAAGUUCGAGAAAGUAUAAUCUUUGGAAAUAUGGUCGAGUUUUUCUGGGAGUUGUUUCAGAAUUUCGGGUAUGUUAAUUGUGAUGUUCUUUACCAUUAAUAUUUUUUAGUUGCAAUUUUUAUUGCAAUUAAGGGAAAGUACAUUUAUUAUGCCGAGGGGGGAUGAAGAUGUUAGGUGGGGAUGGCACCGAAGUAUUUUCUGGUAUUAAAGGGGGCUCUGAAAGUUCUCGAUAUACAGAAGUGAGGUCUAUAAACUUACGAAAGUAUCUAAAUAGUACAAAAAUAGUUUAGUUUGCACCCCAGGUAAUUAUAGAUAUUAGUUACGUCAAAUGGAGAAAUAAUGAGCAUUUUUGCUGUAAAACGCAGAUAAGUAGAUAUCAUUUUGGACUUGUGUAAAAGUGUCAAUUAUCUGUCCAUUAGGCAAGAUAAAUUAUUUGUCAAACUGUCAAAGUUGGAUGAUAGCCUUGCAUGGUGAGCUGUUUUGUUUAUAUUAUUGAAAGUCCAGGGCUGGUUCUUCAUUGAGCUUGAAUGUGUGCAUGCUUAGGGCGUUUCUGUCAAUUAUUCUUUGGUAUAUUUCGCGCGGUCGAGUAAUUAUAACAUUACGGCAUCAAAAUCUUGGUUCAAUAAGAUUGUAAGUGAAUUUAGUUUAGUAGGUAAAGUAAGGUUCACAUAGGUAUAGUUUGAAGAUUUUACUAUGAUAUUUUGAUAAGUAUUUGCAGUUGUGAACAUAUUUUAACAUUGAUCGGUUGAACAGCGAACCGACUCGACCAGUGCGACAACGCCUUAAAUAAACAGAAUGUGAGAGCUGGAACGAGCUAGCAACGCCAUUCCACACUUUUAUAACUCAACGUUCAUUGGCUGGAUCACGUGUACAAAGAUCCCCUCAACCGUUAGUAUAAAAGGGCGUGCACAACCCAAAUUCGUCAGUGGACUCAACGAAGUAAAAAUUAUGUAUGAAAAGUUGUAGAAAGCUCAAAACGAAACAAUACAAAACGACAAGAAAACGAACUGUAAACAAGGAAGAAAGGCUGCAGAAAGAACAGAACUUUGAAGCAGAACUAUUUCAAUAUUAACAUUAGUGACAAUAAUUAGAAACACUGUAACGAUUCCCUACCUCGCGUAUAGAAAAAUAAAUCAUUUCUAACAAACUAUUCAAAGUUUUAUUCCAGCAGGGGCCUGGAGUGCUCACUCCCACCAGCAUGGACACUUUCAUAAUAUAUUUUGUAUUUAAUGUAUAGACCACAGUAAGACGUUUUUAAUUAAUGUUUUUAUUACAUCAAUAUACGAAGUUUCAGAGAUUUACUCCAUCUUCAGGUUGGAUAAGAUUACAAUUCAUACUUUCAUAAUGCUUUGGCAGAAUAGCUCUCACUUUUCACUUUCAUUGUUUUAAAAGAACAAUGUCGAUGAGCAAACCACUUUUCUAACACUGCAACUAUGUAUUUUGUCUAUUAGAGGCACUACCGCAUGGGGGAGCUCCACACGGAAUACGUAAUUUAAGAAGGCUGCAGUUACGCCUGUCAAAAUGCAUGCAAAAGCACCAAUAUGCUUCAACUUUUUAAAUUUUCAUCCUGUUUCUACCAAAUCUUCCAUCAAUAUCGAACAUAUCAUUUUUACAAAUUGUAUGCUUUUUGCAGUUGGAAUUGCUCCUUUUUGGCGGGUAAAUUGCAUCACAAACUUGGCGCCAAAAAAUUAAAAAUAAGCUAUUGGUGAUUUUAUAAAUCCAUAUAGAAGAGCAGACUAAGGGUACUUUAAAACUGAAAUCUGUUUCGAAAUACGACCAUCUUAUGGGAAGAUAAAGCGAUACAAAUGUCGAAAAGUCCGCCAUAUUGUUAUUAAAAAUAGAAAAAAAUGGCGGAGUUUUUAGAAAUUUAAGUCAUUAUAUCUUCGCAAGGAAUGGUUGUAUUUCGAAACCGAUUUCAGUUUUAAGAUACUCUUAGCCUGUCCUUCUAAAUAGAUACACGAAAUUGCCUAUAGCUUAUUUUUAAAUUUUUGGCGAUAAAGUUUGUGACGUGUUUACCCGCCAAAAAGUAGUAGUUCCAAAACAAAAAAACAUACGAUUUGUAAGAAUGAUAUGUUCUAUGUUCAUGGAAAAUUUAGUAGAAACAGGAUAAAAAUUAAAGAAUUUGAGGUAUGCUGGCGCUUUUGCAUGCAUUUUUGACAGGCAUGCAAAGAAAUUUGCAACACAUGCCAGGAGAUACGUUGGGUGGGGGCGAGGUUCUCUAGAGUUUCAGCGCAGGAUUUCAGCCCUGCAUGAUCCAGGAAACCCGGCCACUACAUGAACGUGCUGAAGACUCCGACUACGCUGAAUGAUGGACAACAACAACCUGUUGAUGAUUUCGCCCCUAGAACCGAUCUAAAACGGCUUGUACUCUUUCGAUUCCGGAUUCUGGGUGGCAGGGCAUUGAAAAUUACCAAUAACGCCUACAGGAGCAUUGUAAAAAGAUGAGAUUUUUUCAAGACAUCUACAUCCCCCUUCGGCGUAAUAAAUGUACUUUCUCUAAGCAGUAUAUUUUUAUGGUUCUAAUGUUUUCAUCGCAGGUUCUUAUAACAGCAAACUUAUGGUCAAACACGAGUGAAGUCAACCUUGAUAAUAUUUUCUUUACCGAAGGUUAUUGCGCUCCUGGUCCACAAGACGCUCAAGGUAAUGAAAUAUAUCGUUCGCAUCGUAAAUUCAAUUAAAAUUAAAAUCCAAAGCUACAAUUAUUGUUGCAGGACAAGCUAGAUCGUCUUGUAUUAAAAAAAUAUAGUAUGCAGGGACGUAAGGAAGACUCCUUGGGGAGGGGUGUAGGGGUUCAAAUUACCUGAUUUUUAAAUUACUUUUUACGAUACCUAAAAGCAGUUUUUUAAAUUCAGUGUGUUUUUUCAGGAGUACAUUCAACUAGCAGGCGUUUCUUUCGAAGAAACAUAUUAGCACUAUGGGAUGCGGGGAGCCUAAUCCACUAGAUGAUUUUGGAAAAUGGCUCCCCCCCCCGAGGAAAUUUAGAUCCUUGCAAAGCCCGGAAAUGCAACCAAAAUUUGGCAAUGUUACAGUAGCUUGCCUUCUCUUUUGACUUCUACGUUUGCCUGUGAAUGCUGUUACAAUUUAUCUGAAAGUCUGCUUAAAUCAUUAAAUUACUUAACAAUUUACCUGAAAUUACUCAUGAACAAGCAUUGGGGGCGGCGGUGUUCACCCUACACCCUCCCGGUCGCUACGUUGCAGAUCAUAUGGGGAUGGUGGAAGAGUAACAAAUUAAAUUCUUGAAUCCUAAUUAAUCAUGUUUUUUAGAAUGGCAUACGGAUAUAUCAAACCGUUCCAUUGGAUACCUCACUUCACCGUACUAUCCUUCAUUGUACUUGAACAACAUGAAUCGUUCUUGGAAAAUCGAAGUACCUACAGACCAUCGCAUUAAGCUGGAGGUUCUAUUUCAAAAUUUAGAAUAUGAUAAACUUUGCAGCAAAGAUUCAUUAAUUGUUAAACACGCAUCCCUGACUCGAAAAUUUAUUUCCUAUUGUGGGCUCACUUUGUCAAUUGGUUAUCUGUCCACGGGUAAUAUGGUGUAUGUGGUGUUUCAAUCGGAUGAGUUUAAUGUUGGGACAGGGUUUAAGAUCCAUUUCAAGGCGGUAUCCGGUAAGCAUCUUAAUUGUGAUAAUCAAUCUAAACAAGUUUAAAUGGUGAGAAUUAGAAAAUUGGUAUGUUUUCUUACAGCUGAAUAUAUCAAAGAUUCUUGUCAAGAAAACGAUAUUCCAGGUAAAUCAGUCAAUUCAGUAAUUAUAAAUUUUAUUCCGUCUCCUUAUUAGUCUUAUGAAUACAAUACAAACUGAUAUAACGAUGUAUUUCAGAUUGUCCAUCCACAAUGCGAUGUUCUCCAAUCAGUUCUAACAAAUCAAAAAUAUUUGUUGACGCUCAAGAUUUAUUGAAGAUGCCGGAAUACUUUCCAGCAAGAACAACUGCCAUGUGAGAAAUAUGCAUGGUUAUGUAUUUAAGUUUAUUUAAUUUGUUUAUCAUCCGAUAUAUGCGUUGUUAACUUGUUUCAUUGGUCUUCGCUCGAAAGAUCUUCACUCCAAACCUCAAAGUUCGGCUUAUAUUUUACAGUUCGUUGUGUCUCUCUCACACACUGUAAAAAUAGAUUGGUUGAAAUGACCAAUUUAAAUUGGUUAUCUCAGACGCAUUAAUUUAACCAAUUUUUUUGGUUAAAACAACCAAAAAAAUUGUUUAAAACAACCAGUAUUAUGGUCGUCUGUUUUUACAGUGCAUCGCAGCAAAAUGUUAUCGUCGCUAUUCUUGGGUUUCACUACGGCAUUAUGCAGUGAAUCUGACGGGGGUCAACCUCAAAUGUAUUGAUGCUUAUGCUGUGCCGGAGUGAAAAUUUGAUACGAAAUUCCAUGAAUUUGCCACCAAAACACAAGGCUAAUACAUAAAAUGAACAAUCGACCCACUCUGAUAACUGUGUUUUGUUUUAGUGUUGAUCCCCCGUCACUUCUGUGACGUCAUAUGAAACCCUAGAAUACAAACACCAGCGUUCGAGAGUGUUCCAGCGAUUAUUGAAAAUUCUGUUCGUUACCAUUUUCUGUAGAAAUUUUGAUGGGAAUUCUUUGGCGAGAUUAACUUCAGCUAACUUCGUCAACCUUAUGCAGUUGGAGUACUUGUAAGCCUCAUGCCAUUAAUUAAUCUCCAUUGACUUGUUUCCAUUCUACCGUAUCUUCCCUCUUUCUAUUUUCACUUGUAUAGAAGCAUUAGCAACAACAAGAUAAUUGAUAUCGACACUAAGGCGUUUUCUUACUUGACAUCUUUAAAAAUACUGUAAGUAGUAAGAAUUUAGAUUUUCUGAUUCAUUUUCAUUCUUCUGCAUUGAAAUGGAUCUUAUUCAGUCGUCUAUGCAUGGCUUUUCAAAAAUAUUUUUAUUCCAUAUUUUCACAGACGUUUACCCUCGAAUUUUCUUGAUCGUCUUCCGAAAACUAUUUUUCAUCAAGUGAAUUUUCUGGAAGUGCUGUGAGUUUUUAUUAUAUAUAAAAUUGUUGUUAGAAGUAUCUAAUAAUUUGAAAACAUUUAAUUAUAAUUAUAUACUUUUUAUUUGAGGUAAUUUUAUUUUUUUUUUCUUCCAUGGAUUUUUUCAUUCCAUUAUUUUAUUUUCAUAUUAAUUUUAUUUAGAGAUUUGAGUAUGAACAGAAUCCAUAACUUGGGUAAUGAAUUGUUUGUUGGUUUGAAACGUUUGCGAUUGUUGUAAGUGUAAAGUUAUUCUUUGAAUAAUUAUUAGCUUAUUCAGUCGCGGAACUUUGUUCUAAAGUGCUGCCGGCUUAAACCGAAGACGGGGGGGAAGCCUUCGCCAAGACUGUGUAAAAUUUGCGGAAUUACUUAGCUUCGCAAGACAUUCUCUUUGGUUAUUUUUUUUCUCAUUUCAAUCUAGGAGCCUUCGUAAGAAUUUCAUUACGUCUUUGGAAGAUUCCGUUUUUGCUAGUCUGGACAAUCUUCAAUACUUGUAAGACGAUUUUAAUAUUCCAAUUAAAACAAAUCUUUCUCUAGAUGAUGCUUGUGAUGUUACUCUGAGUGUAUACAGUAUAUCCACACCGGGCAGGCUUGAAAAAUAUGCCUGGCCACGGUGGAAAUCGAACCUACGACCUUUGGAAUACUAGCCCAAUGCUCUGCAAACCAGGGUGUUAGCCAGGCGGCCGUCCGACCGUCCUACGGACGGCCACUUCCGAAUUUGGACGCCUAAAUUUUAAUGGACGGCCAUGGACGGCCUAAGGGAAUAUUUUCUUUAAAUAGCAAUUUACAAGCUUUGUAAUAUUUCUUGAAUACUUCGAAUUGUUGUCAUCUGCUGUUUACUUUACUUAUGGUAUAUGUUUUCAUACUUUUCCCCUCGAAAUCCCGUUGAAUACGGCUGAAUUGAAGUACCGACAAACGCGCCAUGUUUCUGUAACCAUGUUGAUGAUUCUCACAUGAAGUAUCAAGGAGAAUAAUUUGAAACAAGGCAGCACGCCAGAACUAUUUGUGUAAAUUUAUACUAGCCUUUUAAUUUAAUACAUGUAAAUGUUUUCAAUUUUCAGCCAUUUUGGAUGUUGAAAGCGGUAUAUAUUAUUAGCUUAUCGCAGGCGCAAUAAUUUAUGUUCAUCUUUGACAUUAAUUUAUGUUACACGAUGAUACUCCGAAGGGCGACCGAGAAAGAUCCGAAAUUUAAAAUUUCUCCGCCGUAUUUUAAAUUUCGGAUCUUCCUCGGUCGCCCUUCGGAGUAUCAUCGUGUAACAUAAAUUAAUGUCAAAGAUGAACAUAAAUUAUUGCGCCUGCGAUAAGCUAAUAACAUAAUAUAUACCGCUUUCAACAUUCAAAAUGGCGCCCGAUGAAAAUUGAAAACAUUUACAUGUAUUAAAUUAAAAGGUUAGUAUAAAUUUACACAAAUAUUUCUGGCGUGCUCCCUUGUUUGAAACCGCAGUUUUAAAAAACAGCAAUCGCUUUAUCGCUCGAGCACCACGUGCUUUAUAGUUACAGUUACGGUAAAGAUCGAGGUAAAGAUGGCUUUAAAAUGAGCCAAACACAUAAAAAAGGGGGAAAAUAUCGGCGAUUAACUUAACACUACACCGCUGUGUUAUGUUCUCAUUAUAUACUGUACAUCGUAGUGAUCAUAUACGGUUCAUACCAUAUGUGUGGUUUUACUAUGAAUAACUGAAAUGUGCAUCUAAAACUAAAAGUAAAAAGGUUCAACGAAUAGAACACCACAAUUCCACAACAAUAAAAAAUUGCGGCCACGCCCAAACACAUGUGACCACGCCCACAAAAUUAUUUUGGACGGCCACUUUUGAAAUCCUGGCUAACACCCUGCUGCCAACUGAGCUAUACGCGGUCAGAUCGGUUCGAGUAUGUGAUAUUCCGGAACUGAGUCUAGUUCCUUCGAUAUCAGUGUAAUCUUAUAAUCAUGUUUUUGCUGUGUUGGUGUAAUGUACUCAGGUGAAUAAGAUGCUUGUGAUGUUACUCUGAGUGUACUGUAUAUCCACACCGGGCAAGCUUGAGAAAUAUGCCUGGCCACGGUGGGAAUCGAACCUACGACCUUUGGAAUACUAGCUCAUGCAAUGCUCUGCCAACUGAGCUACGCGGUCAGGUCCGGUUCGAGCAUGCGAUAUUUCGGAACUGAGUCUAGUUACUUCCAUAUUAUUGUAUCAGCCAUGCAUCAUUAGAUUAUCCGACACUUUUAUCAGGAUUACAAAGUCUUAAUUAAGCUGUAUAUCCAUGCAGCGUAGAAUAUCAUCAGGCUAACAAAUUUUUAUCUCUCUACGUCUACAAUUUGCCUUUUGCAGUUUCAGUAACAAUGUUUGCAUCGUUUUGUUUAAAUUAAAUCGAUAAAUGGCAAUUUUCUAUAGAAACGUUGAGUAAAGAUGGCAUACGGUCAGGAAGAAGAAAGAAAAACGCAUAUAUAAAAAAAAUUGAUAAAGAUUUUUCCAAUUUUUCUUUAGAUAUCUUGACGAAAAUGAUUUAUCCAUUUUGGGAAGUAACGUGUUUAGUGGAAACUUAAAGCUCAAAGUUUUGUGCGUUUUAAUUUAUCACGUGCAAUUUUUGAAAUAACUAAAUUUGCGCCUUUGUUCAAAGAACUUACAAUUUAUACCGUCAUUUUUCAGGAUUUUGAAAAACAACGAACUAGAAAUGGUUAAGGUGUCAUGGUUAAAGGGAAAACACUUUCUUCAAAUCUUGUAAGUUAGUUUUUAAUUGGUUAACUAAAGUCCCGGUCAAACGAGGAUGAGAGUUGAGUGAGAGUUGCAGGCAGCCACGCAUAUACAUUUCAAGCUCUAGAUUAACAAAAUAAAGGUUCCGUGAGUGCUCCAACUAUGUGUUAACGUAAAUAGAACACAUGAUGAGUGAUAAAUGCUGGGCAAGCAUUAAGAACAGCUAACCAAUUAGGUGGCAUGACUGCCAACUCUUAUGCACUCUCAUCCUCGUUUGAGCCAGGCUUAUAAGAAUGUUUAAGAUAACGGUUUACGAAAUGAAUGCCGAACAAUUAAGGUUGGAGUAAUAUAAAUUAUAUUAUAAAAUAAUAAUACUAAUAAUCAAGGUCAUAUAUUUUCAUACAAUUCUUUUAUAUUAUACCAAAUAUUGAUUCCCCCAUCUCUAGAGAACUGCAAGAUAAUAAUAUUAAGGAAAUUGAAACUGGAGCCUUCAAUGACUUGGAAAAUUUGGUUGAGUUGUAAGUACCAAUAGUUUACUGAUAAUUUCAUCAUGAUGUUCCCUGCAUGUUCUUAACAUAACUUUCUUCUUUAGGGACAUAUCAAACAACAAAAUUCAAAUUAUUCCAGAAAAUUUAUUUCAGAAUCUGGUGUCGCUUCGUAACUUGUAAGUGACAAUUAAUGUUCUGACUUAGUUUUAGUUCAUUGACUUCAAUCCUGAAGCAUUUUUGAGUAUUAUACUGAAAAGGUUAUAUACUGAACCAUUAUUAUAAACCGCGCGAUACAGAGCAUGCGCGGUUUAAAGAAGAUAAUGGUAAUCACAAAUAUUAAGGAAUUGCUCAACCAACAAACAAAACAAGUUUACCUGCAAAAAAAUUACAUUAAUUUUGUUCACGUCUUGCUAUUUUGCACCACAACAAAUGGUCACUUCAAGGUAUAUUUGAAGUUUAUCUUCGACCCAAAUAAUAACUUUUCAAAUUAAAUACAAACUUUAGUAAUAAACUUGCCUUAUGUCUCAAUCAAUUCCAAGGGUGCCCAUCCCCCGCCCCCUCUCCCAGGCGUUUGUCGGGCAUUUGUCAUUUUGGCAAAAAAGUGUUGCAAAUGCCCCACCAUGGAGUCCAAAUAAUGCAACAAAAUACCCAUCCUUGGGGACUUGCAUUGACGCCAAUGUUUAUAAGUUUUCUGAGGAUUUUUAAACCAAAAAAUCGAAUGCAGGCCCUAUCUCGUAUCAAUAUAUCUCUACUUCUGUCGCCAUUUCGUUUCAAAAAGUUUUUAAUUAAAAUAUUGAAGUCUCAAAACUUGAUAUGACAGUAUCAAACUGCGGAAGUAAGUCAAUGUAUCAAUAUGGACAAGAAAAAAGUCUAAAGUGUGUAUGCAUGUCCGCCAUGAUUAAUUUGCAAUACGCAUGGACGUGUAAAUGUGCAUGCGUUGCGUACCAAAGUACGGCUAAAUGGCGAAACAAGCCACAAAUAUUUGCCUUUUUAGCCCUGAGCAAAUUCCCAACCCCGGGGCUAACCUGCAGAAAGUAAAUACUCAACCCUGGGAACAAGUACAGUUGAAAAUGCCCGACAAACGCCGGGGAGGGGGGGAGGAUGGGCACCAAUUGAAUUGAUUGAGACAUUACAAGUCGUUGGCGACUGAAAGAAAAAUGACGAAUUUUAUUCCAUUUUUGCAUUAUACAGACGUUGCAGAAGCGAUGAACAUAACGUCGUUUCUCGAUUUGGAAAUUUGAAUUCCUUACUAUACCUCAUCAUAGUAUCUUUCCAAGUGCCAUUUUGUUUUACUUUUCCGUUUAUUAAUUUAAUUAAUAAUAAUUUAAUUUAAUUUAAUUAUAUACGUUUUUGAGAAUUUUAUAUAAACAGGAGACGAAUGAACCGAACGCCAUGUUCUUGUUUUUGCUAUAAUAAUUCUAAUUUUGUCUUCGUGUAAUAAUUCGUCGUUGAUGACAUCAAAGUUGAACCUCAAAAGCAGAGCUUUCUGGCUUUGAAUCAUUUUAUGUUGUAUUGCAUGUGCUAUACCUAGCUAAUUCGAUGCCUUAUAGCUCUGAUAAAGAGCAAACGUUCAUAAAUUAUACAUAUUUACUUCAUAUUCAUUCACUAUAACAAAAGACAUGAGAUUAUCAAUCUUAUUAUACCAUAGUUAAAAUUCAAUUAGCUAUGAACGAAACAUUUUUCAAGCGAGAAACGGUUGAUUAAAAAUAUUGCCGCCAGUUUGAGUGUGGGGACGCAUGUUUUCGUGUCUUCACGUUCUGGCCGUGAUUAUAAAAAAUUUCAGUAAAACACACUGAAAUAUAGUAUUAUGAUCUAAAUUGUCUAUAUCCAAUGAAGUAGUCUGAGAGGGGCGCUCCCUCCCCGGUCAAAAUUGGGCCCCUUUGGCAAAUUCUGACCAGUACAAGCAUGUUUGGAUUCGUUUGUGUUUAAGUGGAGUUGUUAAUGUUAAAUCACCAAAACACGAUAAAGUAGCCACUAAAAUGCUUAAAUUGGUAUUUUUACUGACUAGUUUAGAAUUUAAAAUUUUUUGCGGGUGAGCAUAUCCUGGGACCCUCAAAACGUUCAUUGUAUUAUUUUUCACAUAAUAAGCAAACUUUAUUCGAACUAGCGCAGCCUCUCCUCGAUUUUUUCGAUCCGCCUUGACUAGAAAUCCUGGCUACGUCACUAGCAAUAUCCUGCAUGUGCAAAAAUUCAUUUGUGUAACAUUUAUUGUUUCUGAAAUGAUGAAUUUUAAAAAUGUAAUAUUUUGGUCUUCUUAGGAAAGUGGACCACUUUACGCUGUGCUGUUACGCGAAGCAGAACAACCCGGGUGUUUCAUGCUUUUCCAAAGUUCAAGAUGGAUUUUCAAGUUGCGAUGAGCUUUUGAAAAAUCCUGUGCUUAAAUAUUCAAUCUGGAUUCUUGGUCUAAUGGCGUUUUUUGGGAACGCGAUUGUUAUUGUAUGGCGCUCAUCUUCGAAAGACAACAAUCGUGUUAGUUCGUUCCUUUUAACAAACCUUGCUGUUGCUGAUUUUUUAAUGGGAGUGUACAUGUUGCUUAUCGCUUACAAAGAUAGAGUAUGGGAUGGAAUCUACUUUAAACACGACAUUUCGUGGCGUGCUAGUGAUUUAUGUGUAUUCGCUGGAGUGAUUUCAACUGCAUCCAGUGAAGUUUCUGUAUUAACGUUAACAGUCAUCACACUUGAACGUAUGAUAUGUAUUGUAUUUCCAUUUAAAUUCAGACGUUGGUCUAUGAAGAAAGCUUCUGCAAUCAUGCUCGUUGUUUGGAUUCUUGGACUUUGCAUUUCGCUUGUACCUUUAACAAACGAUGCAUAUUUCUACGAUUAUGAACACAAUGUGCACUUCUUUGGCCGCUCGGCGGUCUGCCUACCACUCCAGUUAUCAAGCGAUCGCCCAGCUGGCUGGGAAUAUUCAGUAUUCGUGUUUCUCGUCUUGAAUGGCGUUUCGUUCCUUUUUAUGCUGCUUGCCUACGUAUUGAUGUAUCGCACGGUAAUCAAUGCUGCCCACGCUGUAAGAUCCACGAGAGUAAACCAGGACUCAGCUAUCGCCAAACGAAUGAUGUUUAUAAUUCUUACGGAUUUUUUGUGUUGGUUUCCAGUGAUCAUUAUUAGUAUUCUGGCUUUAACAGAAAAUUUAUACGACCCUUCAAAACAAGUUUAUGCUUGGAUAGCCGUGUUUGUGUUGCCCAUUAACAGUAGUAUAAACCCACUUCUCUAUACAUUCUCAACUCCCUACGUUCGGAACAGGAUUCCCACUGCAAAUCCCUUCUCAACUUUAUCUACGAACGUUAGAAGAAAAGAAAUAUUGCGGAAAGGUAUUUCAAAUUGGGUCAAAAUAUUUUUGUUGUCAUUGUCGUUGUUGCUGUUUCUGUUAUUCUUGUUGUUUCUGUUCUUGAUGUUGUGUUUUUUUGUUUGUUGUUCUUGUUUUGUUCUUAUGGUUAUUGUUGAAAUUUGGAUUUUACUGUCGUUCCAAUUGAAGUGUUGCUCAAAUAUUGAUUCAAUACAUUACCUCUGGCUGACCAAUUCAUUUCAUCAAGUUCCUCGAGAUAUUCAUACACUUCCUGUGAAAGAGUCAAUUCCAAGUAUUUGAUCAUUUCUGGUCACUUCUUUUCUAUUUAUGAUUGGUUAGUUGCACAAACAACAAAGGUGAUUGGUGCAUUCAAACUAUUCAACAGGAAGUUUACAAUUAUACUAGGAAGUGUAUGAAUAUCUCGAGGAACUUGAUGAAAUGAAUUGGUCAGCCCGAGGUAAUGUAUUGAAUCAAUAUUUGAGCAACACUUCAAUUGGAACGACAGUAAGCUGAACGUAUGUUGUAUAUUUUCUUGUAGUUUUUGUUCCAACCUUAUUUGUACGAUCUUGUAAUAAUGCUUCAGAUUUUCAUACUGUAUAGUAGUGUAGUUACAUUGAAAUUAAUAUUUAUGUAAUUUUAUUUUGUUUUAUAUCAUAAAUUUUAUAUUUACAUUUAGUUUGGCGAAAAGGUUUUUCAGACGAAAUACACAGUCCUGCCUCCAUUCGUGAUACAAUCCAAACAGUUGCAUCGCCUUUGCCGUCCCCUCAGUCAAUUUGUAAAAUGAAGUUAAUUAAUAGAGGGUACACUGCGGAAGAAAACAUCGCUGAAAGUAGUUUUACCAAGUCAUUGGUUACAAAAAUGGAUUAUUUCAUCAAAUUAAUGGAAGACACACGGAGUUUUGCAGACGGAGAACAAAUAAUAGUAAGAAACGAUACUACGACUUGAUCUAAACUUGGUUUGAUUCGCAUUACAUUUUUUAUAAAGGAGGUACAGGUGGGGACCACAUUGUGGUUCCAAUCUUAAAAUCUACAUGUCCAGCAGCUGUUGGUAGGAUAUUUUUAUUUCGACACGAGUGACACGCACGAUACUUUCAACGGAAUGAAUGACUUCCCUUUUCAUUUAACAUUUGUUUUGUAGCACUGGUGAAAAUCCUGCCUUAGGACUUGAAAGCUUCGCAAUCAUAUAGGUAAUGUUUCCUACAAACCAAAAUAAUAAAUGCAUACUGUUUAUUGUAAAUUUCCCUUUAGAAAUCAUAUGUAGCGGUUGAAAUUGACAAUAAAGAGACACCAUGUCUUGUUCAUAUUUACAAAAGUGAACACGAAGGAUUGUGGUGGAACACGACCAACAUUCUCUCAAGGUUAUCUUCAGAUGGCGGCCAUGAAAAUAUCUUGCCUUACAUGUGGAGCGCUAGAGGUAAAGGUUGUUCACAUUUUAUGAAAACAUUAUUUGCGUAUAAUAAGCAUGUUCUGCGAAAAAAAGUUUGAAAAAGAUCAGCUUGAUAAUGUUUUCCUGCGUAUGCAUGUUAACAAUGCCCUUCAUUUUAUGUAAAUCAAUUAAACGGUUUUCAUUUUUGUCUUCUGUAGCGAAGAAAGUACAUGUGGAAAGACAGGAAUCUUUUACAAUGACCGUGUUCGAUCUGGAACCAGAUGACUGGUAUAUAUGAUUAAUAUGAAUAGCUUUGCUAGUUCUAUCCUUCUACAAUAAUGUAAAAAUGGGGGUUACUCAUCUCGGCUCAUCGGUACAGAAUGAUGAAAAGGAAAUAUCAGUGCAUAUAUCAGGGAAUAUAGAAAUGCAGUGUUUUCUUAAUAUGGCAGGAGGCCAUAGGCUCGCAUGCCAGGUGCAUGGAAACUAAUUUAUUGGACAACUGAAGUGAUUCGAAAGUGAUGACAGGAAGUUUCCUAUCACAUGCUUCCAGUUGAAAGCUUUAAUAUCAAUUACAUGCCGGUGUAAUGCAUUUAAGGAAUGUGAAUUAUCAAAAAUACGCUUUUUAAAUUACAACUUAUUUUCGUCUGUUUCUAUAUCAAUAGGCGUUUUACAUGGAAGAAACCAUAGAUAUCUUAUAUACACUAGACAGUGCAUCUAAUUAUUCUGCAAUUCAAAAAUUGAAGCCGUGAUCGCAGUCUCAGGUCGUUCCCAUGAAAUGAAAAGGUUCGUAUAUUUUCUAUUUCUUAAACACGGAACUUAAACAUUAAGUUAACCCUAUUCCAAAUACGUUUUUAAACUAUUCAAAUGAUGAAAGUUAUUGUUGUUUUUAAGCGCUUAUUACCAAGUGGGAACGACCAACAUGGCCGCCAUCUAUUCAAAUGGGGGUAACCGCUGGAAUAUUCUUGGCUUCAAUUUUACUAAAAGAGAUGCGUUAUCUAGUGUAUAUAAGAUAUCUAUGGAAGAAACGAAUAAGUUAACGACUCACACGCACUCUUUCUUUUUUCAGUCUUCAUUUAACAUUGCAUAGAAUUGCAGCUAUUAAUAUAUUUCAAAGUUUGCUAGUUCUUAGGAGGGAACAGCGUCUUAAUAGCUUUUCUCCACAUGGAGUAAGAUGGUUGGUUAUAAGAGGUUGGAAACAACUGUGAACGAAAAUUAAGAAAUUAUUCGAGAACUACCGAAUGAUAAAACUUUCCCUUGUAAUUUGUAGUUUGAUUUGUUAUGAACUACCUUCAAAGCAAACUCUUGCAAGUUAUCUUCUGAAGAAGAAAGAGGAACUUACUGGAGAGAUGAUGUGCUUCAUUUUAACCGAUAUAAUGGAAGCAGUUAAUUAUCUUUCUUCCAAAGAAGUAAUUCAUGAGGCAAUAGUACCUGAAAACAUCUUUCUUUCCACAUCCAAUAAGGUAGGAUGUUUCGAUUUUCAGAGAGAAUUGACUUCCCAUUUUCUCGUAAUGAGACACCUUUUGCUUUAUAAAUGAUCUCGGCUUGAAGAAUACAGUCAUGUAAAAAUACAAAAUAAUGAUUUUCUACUCUGCAUGUCAAGGUGUCUCGUAACCUUAAUAAUAAUAUACAUAGAAAUAUUACUCGACUGUGAUUGGUUGGUUUCAGUGCAUUUAAUCCCAAACAGCAGUGCAAAAAUCUGUAACAACAGUGCAAAAAUCUGUAACAACAGUGCAAAAAUCUGUAACAAACUGAUCUGAUUGGUGGGAAAACAUUGUGACGAUAAAAUCAACCAAUCAGUUUAAAGAAGUAAACGGUCACAGAUUGCUUCAAAACAAAACAAACAUGGCGCCGCGCUACACAAAGUAAAAGUUGGUUUCGCAUGGAAAAUAUGGCUUUUAUCUUUAUCUUUAAAUGGAAAAGCACUUACCUUAAACAAGACUAACAAAAAUUACAUAGCUGAUUGGAAUUUUCAAGCUGUUAGCGUUGUAUAAUGUGAUAUAACAAUGCCAGGAAAACUUUACCAGUGAAAUCUUCGCUAUAAACGCGUAAAAUUAAAACUACAAUUGUCUCGAACAUUUUUAUGUAAAUUAUUAAUAAGUAAUAGCAUGGUUUCUCGUGAAAUUUGGAUAAACAUGCACUCGUGAGUUUUUCAAAGACCUCAAAUAGCACUCGUCCUUCGGACUCGUGCUACUGCGAGGUCUUUGAAAAACUCACUCGUGCAUGUUAUAUCCAAAUUGCACUCGAAACUAUGCUAUUACCUAUACUAAAAGCAUUGUAGCCGAUAUUUCCCUCAUUCAAGUUAGACAAACUGGUCCGAGUUAGACAUUAUGUUCAACCAUUAAGCUUACAAUGUGAAACAAUAACGACGACGCGCUAAUUUCCCAAUCGCGAGUUCAAUACCAUGUAUUCAAAGGGAGUGUAAGUAAACUGGGUAGCCUUUAUUGUAAUCGACCCACGUUGGAUCGCAAAAGUGGAACGGCGCUUGCAGUAAAACAUCGGUUUCCGGACUAAACGCGCCAUUCAAUUUUUGAACAUAAAAUUCGAUUCAUUAACACGAAGGUUUAAUUUCAUCGAUGUUCCGUAUAGGCUCCAGUAGAAAAAGCUUUACUUGGAGGAUUUCAUGCACUACGAAUUGUAACUCCGCCGAUGGCGGAGAGUGCAGGAUGUGACGAAGAACAGAUCAUGGACAAAUUGGACUCCAAUGUGAAGUCAUUUGGUCGGCUUUUAAAGAUUUUACUUGACGCCUGUCCUGCAAUGGAGAUAUCUAAUGAGGUAAGACUUACAUUAAAUUCAUUUCCUACAAUAAAGCAAUGUUUGUACUGAGGUUUAUAAUGACCUCAUAGUCAUAACAUCAACCCUGCUAAGACGCUCUUUGGGUAUGCAGAUAUAAGAUGAGUGACACCUUAUAUUGGAACCCCGGAUUAAUUACUUUAUGUGAAGCUUUAUUUAAGUGAAAAUGUUCAAUUCUUUUAAUUGGAAGUAAAGUAGUUUAAAUGGUAUGCAUCGCAGUGGAGUUACUCCUUUGGGCGCCGCCCAAUUUCUUUCAGUAGACAGUCGGACACCUCCAGGGACGUAGCGAAGCAUCUGAAGUUAAGAGGUUGUCGGAGGAUCUUACCUGAAGUUUGAACUUCAAUGUUAAAAUUGUACCUAAAGUGUAACAGUUAUAAUAAAGCUUUUUCUGAUUUAUUUGCACUGUCAUAUUAAGUUUGCGAAGAAAAGGGGGUCUGGGGGUCCUCCCACAGAAAAUUUUAAAUCAGUAUUAAAGCUCCACGACUGCAUUCCUGCAGGCGUUUUCCGAAACAAAUUUGCAAAACAUUUUAUCUAAAUUGAGUGUACGUAUUUUACAAAAAUGGUUAUCUUUUCACAAAAAUAACGACUUUAUUACGCAAAUUUUACCUGGAAAUGUCAAAAUUGAAACUUGAAUUUUACCUGAGUUUCACAGUUGGGGGUGGUUUACACCCCCCCUCCCACCCCCAUCCAACACCCCCCGGUCUCUACGUCCCUGGACACCUCAUUGAUAGUCGGACGCAUCAUUGAUCGGCUUCCAAUUCAUGCUACGCGCGUUACCGCCAAAUUCAAUAUGGCGCCAAGUUAAGGAGUGGAGUUUUUAUUUUAUGUUUUCUAGUACGUGUUGCCUUUUUUUUUGGGGGGGGAGGGGGAGGGGGGCAGAGGGUCGAAGUCGAUCUUAGUCCCAGAGCAUGGAUGAAAAAAUGCCGAAGUCGAUGAGCGAAGUCGAGUGAGCGAUUGUCACAGGGUUCCAGACGUAGACAAAAUAAUGCUCCAAUCAUGAUUACAUAAAACCAGAAUAUCUGUGUUUGUUAACGUCUAUGUAGUGUUUUGUUUAUGAAUGCGUGUAGGCUGAAAUACAGUUCACAGCCAAUAUACCUGAGAACCAGAAAGUUCUUUUCAGUUUAAAGCCAGGGACCUGUCAGCCCAAAUUGAUGUCACUAUAAUGGGGAUAUAUUUAUAUCCGUUUUUCUCCGUCUAUAAAACUGUUAUUUCAUAUAUAAGAAACACAUAAUUGUUUAGGAAAUAUGUAAAACAUAAUUGUUUCUUGACCUAUACAUAGAUUUUCAUUUGCUCUUGUGAAUUAAAUUGGCUGCUGACGAGGCAGGAUUUUCUCGUAUUGCCCAUGGGCAAUACACAUUUUUUAUUGCCCUACGAAGCUGCGACCAGAGCCGAGUUUCAAACGGUAAAAAAGUAUCUAAAAGUCUUUCAAACUAUUCAAAACGAAGAAAAAUAGACCUAAAAUAGAGAAAAAGAGCAAUUGCUAGCUGUGGUUAAAGAACUUUCUCAAAACUUUUUGUUAGUAGUUUUCUUGAACUACUAUCCAAACUGUGUUAGGAUUCUAGAAAAGUGUUGUAAAGUAGUUUUACUAAUAACCAAGAGAACAUUUUUUUACAAUUUUUUUUGAAAAUGUUUCUUGUUGCAACAAGUUUUGCGUAAAGUAGAAUGAAAUUCUAUUUUUCGCAAGCAUUGCACAGUCGAAAUGUAAAACCUGUGAUUUUGUAGAUUCUACCACUAUUGUUUCGGCACCUAAAUCCGUUUUUCACAUCAAGCACCAUUUCACGUGCGCCUCCUCCCAUCUCAUCUACUGCAUCUCUUGCAGCAGAUGUGGCAUGCUUUACAUUGGGGAAACUGGAAGAUGUUUAAGGACAAGGUUUGGUGAGCAUCGGCGUGCAGUUAUUGGCAAUGAUGCUAACUAACCUGUUGCCAGACAUUUUAAUAAUGGCAAUCACAGUGUUUCAGAUAUGGUAAUUCGAGCCCUCUGUCCCAUUUCUGGAAGCAACGAUAGCCACAAAGACAUGAAAUGCGCCUCAUAUCCAAACUUGACACUGUUCACCCUUCUGGUAUUAAUGAACGCUUUUCCUAUAUUUAAUUCCUUCUGUCCUUGCCUGUCUAUAGCAGACAUAGACAACAUUUAUCUAUUUAUUAAUUUUACCUUAUUCCCACUUUUGUUUUUAUUUUUUAUUUUUUAUUAUUUGUAGUAAUUGGCUUAGCUUCUUGUUUACUUUUAUAUUUUAUUUUGUUAUAAAUAUAUUUUUAUAUAUUUUAUAUUUUUUAAUUUAUUUAUUUAUUUAAUUUUUUUAUUAUAUUAUAUUCUGUAAUGCGAUUUACAUAUUUUGUUUACACUUUGUUAGGAUUAAAUCCAUCUAAUUGGUUUAUUUUUUGUCACGUGAUGCUUUCAUACUCUUAGUAUAAAAGCCCGUGCAUUUUCUCCGAUCCCUGCUACUAACUCUUGACGAAGGGCCUUCGCUCGAAACGUCGAGUUUCUGCUUAUGUUUUAAGGUAGUAAUAUAACCACUCAGCACAUCAUUUUCACAUUGAUACUACCCACACUGCUACAGACAUUUUUAGUAUAACAUUUUUGUCUACUUGUCUCGCAAUAUUUACUCUCUGACAAGCUUCCUAUUGGCUCUUGACUGAAAAUUUGGCGCCACACGUUUGCACUCACGAUUAUAUUCUUAUGCUAUUCUUAAUCAUGAUCAUUACAAGUUGCAUGAAAAAUGUAACAUCGCUUGAAUUACAAUGCUGAAAUCGUUUUUCUUAACAUUACGAGACAAGUAGGGAGACAUAAAUAACCCGAAUCGCAGGAUUUCAGUUAAUUAUUCUAUCGUGAUGAAUAAGUGUAUUUAAAACUAACCACACCCUUGAACAAACGCAUUUUUUUUUUAAAGCGUGAUUUUAAUAAACGACUAAACUUCUGCAGGGUAUUGUUCAUUUGUUUAAUAUACUUGUAAAUCAGCAUCUUAUUAAAUUACAAUAAUUAAUUUCUAUUUUUCUUGGAAAUCUAGUUAUGCGAUAUCAUGGCUUCGUGUUUGAGUGAGAACUGUGCAAACAGACCUACUACAUUUGACCUAUUAAGACGACUGGACGCUUUGAUGCUUUGUGACCUCCCAUCGAACGACGCUAUCCUUUAAAUGUUGGAAACGUAUUUAUUUGCUAUAUAUUUCGGAUAUUAUAUUUUCAGAUUACUAUGUAUAAUAGAAAUCUUUAAUUUACGACUAAGUAUAACGAUCAAUGCAUGAAACUGUUGUAUUCGAUACAAUUUAUUGUAUUGUAUUUUAUUUCAUUUUUGCACACUUCAUAUUGCGGGAAUAAUUUGCAACUUUUACUAACUAGAAUAAUUUUCGUUUAAAAUAAUAAUAAAUUCUCUGUUGUUAAUUUAAAAAGGGCAUAGAUUGUGACCCAAUAGACUAAUUAACAUAGUCGAGUUAUAGACACAAUUAGAAAUGGGAAAAAAAACUUUAAACUUUAAACUAUUAUGGUAAAACUAUAACUUUAAAAAGGCUAUAAGCAUGCUAUUCAAUGGCUAUACAAAUAGACCUUAGAAGUGCUUACGUCACGCAAUUUUUACUACAUAGGACUUCAGGAAAGCGCAGCGCACGCAUGCAUUGUGGGAUAUCUAUACUGGGUCACGUAACGUAAACUCUAACCCUACCUUAUACAAUGUCCAUCGUAGCAGUUAAUGCACUGUAAAAAAUAUUAUUUAAUUUCAUCAUUCAGGCCAUCCCAGGAAGGAAAAGGUUGGUGUAAAUCGCACGCCAUGGGUUUGUUAGGGGUGUGAUUAUUUUUGCCAUUAAUUCCAAAUGGCAUAAAAUUCAGAAAUCCGCAUAGUCCUUUGAAAGCCAUUGAUUUGCUGGGCUCGAACGUAACGCGGUAUGAGGUUAAUGGAAGUGCGGAAGAUGGAAGUGACGUAAUUCAAUUCUAUCGCCAUGGCGAGGCUUGUUAUGGUUUCACAAAUCUAAAAUAUUUUCUACAGUUUGAUUUUUGUGUCGGGCUUUAAGACUGAGUCAUUUAUGCUUCAUAAUUUUUAUUGUAAUAUUUUUCAUUGCCACUAAAUCGAGGCGUGCGAUAAAUCGCAGUUGUAAUUGAUAAGUGUAAUUUCCUAAUAAUAUCAUUUUCGUCAAUUGUAUACGCUAUAGUAGUGAAUGUCAAGAAACAUUGUAUUAAUGCAUUCAUGAUAGGGGGCACAGCAGUACAAUAUCCGCCUUUCUGAACAAUUAAUUAAGAGUAUUUUCUGAAUUUAAUCAGUUCAAUUCAUAAUGUAAAAACGGUCAAUAAUUUUUAUUUCAUCUAUGUCUUCUUGAAGAUAAAUAAGAGCCCAGAAAAUAUACUUUUUAAUUUAACAUUGUUUAUUUGAAUUUUCUGCCAAACUUCUGCAUUCGCAUGCAUGCAUGGGCGUGGGCCCUCAGAUGCUUCAAAAGUAAACAUUAAUCGGGAUAUCCUUAACCAAUCAGAAUAGAGUAAAUCAGCUAAUUAAAAUGAUAUUGCUGGCAUGUGAAAUAUAGUGCAUGCAUGAAUGACAUGUAUGUAUAUAUGUAUGUGUAUGAGUAGUGAAUGUUUAGGUGUAUACAGGGGCGGAGCUAGACCUGUUUGAAUGGGGGGGUGGUGUAAGUGAGUUUUACUAGCGGCGGAACGACAUCAAAAACAUUUUUUCCCUAUAACAUAUUUUUCAAUCUUAUUUUGUGUUUAACCAUCGUUCUUCGCUCCUUUUCCCCCUAAUUGUUUCGUAAAUGUCUCCACAUUUUAGCUAUCAUUCUUAAUUUUUAAUCGGUGUCCCUCAAAUAUUUCAUUUUUUCUCGUCCUAGCCAAGUCCAUAUUUUGCCGACUGGGUUUCAAUAUUUUGCCGACUAUACCUGAUGACUGGGGGUGUGAUACUUCUACCCCUUAACACCGGCCUUCGAUGUAUAUCGUAAAUUAAGGGAAAUAGCAAUAGAAAAUAAGUUUCGCCCAUUUGGAAGAAAUAAUUCAAUAAUUUCAAAACCUUUUUACAAAUUUUCUCUAUCGUUUUUGUUUUAAAAGAUAUUACACUUCACUUCACUUCAAACAAAAUCAUUAUGCGUUCCGCCAUCUUGAAUAUGCAUAUCGACAUCGGAUAUGCGUGACUUCACAACCAAGAUAACACUGUACAUGUUUUGUAUUUUGAGCAAUUCCCAGGCCAUUUUAAUGCUAAAUCCUAUUUUUCACUAUUGUAUAUUAAUUAAAGUACCAGUUAUGUAUAAGCUUCCCUCUGAUAUUAGUUUUUAGUUUAAAAUGUGUACCCUGGUUGUGACGUCGUUUAAUUAGAUCUACAGUAAUUAUAAAGAUGGCGGAUGGCAGGAUGUUUUGCUUUCAAAUAUCUCAAAAAUUACGAUAGUUUGGGAGAAUUGGUAAGAACGAUUUGUAAAUAAUCUUAACAUUAAUUCUUUCAAGUUAGGCAAACAUAAGUUAUGUUGCCAUCUUCCUCCAAGUUAUUUAAACACCGAAAUGUCCAACAACAAUUGUCCUUAGAACUGCACAUGGGUUUUCCCAUUUCCAUUUUUGUGUCUGUCUUUCCAGUCCCAGGAACACAAAUCCCAUUUUCCCAGUCCAACGCAAAUCCUAGUUCCCAUUUUACCCCUUCAGGAUCCCCUUUAAGCGAGGCGUUGUUAUAGUUAUUUGAUGUAUAUACUGUAUAUACAUGCAGAGUUAUGAUAAUUUUUAUUGCAUAUUAAAAUACUCGAGCGCUUGUGUCAAUAAACUUUUAGCUCAUUAGUUAUAUAUCUCGUAUUUUCAAAAUGGCUGUAUUUUUUAUCAAAAUUUCAAUAGAACUAUCAACUACUAUAUUAAUGAAUAUUAAUGCUUGGAUGUUUUAAAUAGGCUCUCGGCUAUAUCUCCUCGUGUUUUUCACGCUUCUCUCGUGUUCGUUUGUCGUUUCACUCCUUCAUUAUCUAACACUAGAAUCACGCGACUCGAUCGUUUUCUAUUUCUUAAAAUAAAGGAACAUUUAUUGAUAAUUUAACUGAUCUUGUUAAAAUUAAUAUUGACAUACAUUUUAAGUUCCAGCCGUGCGCCAUUACAUACAAAAUACACAUGCGUGACAAGUUUGUUCAGGUGUAUAUGUCAUAAGUCAUAUCUUCAAUUUUAAAUUAAUUUUUCUGAUUGAAGCUCCACCACUUAUACCUACAUGCCAAUCUUUGUGAAUUAUGCAUGCAGCUAUCUUUGUAAAGUUAGAUGUCAUUUCGUAGAACGUAAAUAUAUGUGAUAACCUCUAGCUAUAUUUCAUUCCCGAAAGCUUAUAAGCGCACACCUUUAAUGUUCGGUACGAACCCACACGUCUUGCGCGCGAAUAAAUUAAGAGACACUUUAAGCGUUGUUUCACUUAUUUGAUGUAGAAAAAGUCAUUUACUUAAUAUUAAUAAAUAUUGACUUUAAAAAUACUGAAGACCGCUUGCUUGUGUGAAUAAUUUUUUGCUCAUUAGUUAUGUAUAGUCGGCUAAAAUUCUGAAGACCUGCACAAUAAAUUAACGCUAUUCUGUCGCUGAUCUUUAUUUGUGGUUGACACAUGGAGUUAUUUUUUGGUAACUGAAUAAAGGUACUCGUAUUAAUUAUUUAAAAUAUGUUUAAAGGUAAAUUAGUUUGAAAUAAAUAGUUCUCGAUCUUUACAUUUUAUCUAAAGAUUCUUUGUCUAGAGAUUACACUGUAAUUUCUUUAUUUAAAUUUUGCAAAUUUCAGCAGUCCGCAGCAGGCAGAAAUUUCAAUAGGCAGAGCUAGCAUAGCAACAAUAAAGUUUCUAUCAACUGUUUCUUCUAUAUAUUACAGAUAUCUUUCUGUCUUUUAGACAAUGCGCUCUCCCGGAAGAGUUGUGAUGUUUUAUAGGUGCAUUUCGUCCGUUUUCGUGCGUAUAAUGAUAUUAUUUGUCUUAGUGGAAGAGCACCAGACAGAAAAUUGCUUUCAAAGAUAUUUUGAAAAAAGAUAUCAUGGUAAUGUAUAAUAUUAUCAUAAUAAAUUAUUAUAUCCAUGCAUAUAUAGUCAGAUAUCUGCACAGAAACAAUGGACGACUUGCGCUUUAGACUAAAUUUUAAUCUAAGUAAGAACAACGAAAUCUAUCACCACAGCUAGAAAGAGCGUCUUGAAAUUAGUAUAAUAUUACAAAGUUUGGUUGCGAAAUGUUGUAAAAUACGGAAAAUAUAGCCCUUCAAAGUUGGCAAAUUUGUAUACUUUUGUAUUACGUGCGUGAAUAUAUUGGUAACUAAAUUAGUUACCAAUUUCCGCACGUAAUAUAGAAAUGUAUACAAAUUUGCCAACUUCGCAGGGCUAUAUUUUCCGUAUUUUACAACAUUUCGCAACCAAACUUCGCAGUUUUUCUAAUUUUGAUAACUUCUUUCCGAAAAUAUCAUUUGUUAUUCCCGGAUUAAAAAUGUUUCUAAAGCGCAUCAUAUUAUAACAGCUGUGGGCUACAACUGAAGCCUCUUUUCUUUUCAUCGCAACAACAGACUCGCAAGCUCACUGCGAGUGCUUUCACGCAAUCACAAUGCUUAAGCACUCGUACGAUUGAUUGUUGCAUGAGAUAAGCGUAACGAGCCCUGAAAUUUUUUGAGAGGUCAGAAACGGCUCUGGGCAGUAAACACGAGAUAUCCAGUUUUCACGUUCUCACCUGAUUUAUCAUGAAAACACCAUAUUAUACAAAGCUGUAAUAGAGUUGGGACAAUUAAUAUAAAUUAUAAUAUUGAUAGUAACACUCGUUACUGUAACAAUGUUACUUGCCUCUUAUUCAACAACAGUUAACUGCGCUGCAAAAAAAUUGCCUCAGGAACUUGAGUAAAAUUAUUCACAUUUUUGCGCAAAUUAUAAAAAGGAAAUCUUUACUCAAAAAUUGAGCUAGUAAGUUUGCUCAUAUAUUUGCGUAAUUUUAUGUCACUGCAUGUGAAUGCAUUAUUUUACUCCAAUUUUUAUUCAAAAUACUCUCAGAUUUUUUGUAUGCAGUAUAAUAGAACAAAUUUACAUGUGCAUUGCACUUGUGUUUGUGACUGUAUUUGAGGCUGUAAUAUAUGCAGGGAAUGUGUGUAUUUUCACAUUUUUGAAAAAAUUAAAAUUUGUUAUUUUCAAAUUUUUCACUCGUGUCUUUGUGUCAAAACUAGACACUUUUAUCAUAAAACCUUUACAAAGUAUAGUAUAGUAUAGUUGGUAUAACAUAAUAUAAAUCAUGUGGUGAGAGCUGUGUGCCAGUAUAUCUUGUUACUGUAACAAUAGUAACCACCUCUUAUUUUCCAAACUAGUCAAAGAACUGAUUUGUGCAUAUUGCACGAAAUUAAGUUUGUGACUCGAAUGUGUGCAUUGCACCCCACCAUUGCCUAUUAAUCAAUGAAAUCAGUGAAUGAAUUUAAUUUGGUAAGCAGAAUGAUAGGUUUGUUUUUGUUUCCUUGGGAGGGCGGGGGCGAAUUUCCAUAAAUUUUCCGGACGCUUUCGAAAUUAAACUGGGGGUAAAAUUUUUUCCGGACUUAAUAUACUUUCUAUAUACUAGAUAUUUUUGACACCUCUUUUUAACAUUCCUUAUUUUUUUCUUUAAAUUUGCCCAAAAUGUUGUACUCUGAUCUCAUGAGGGGGAGGUCUUACCCCCCUUCUUUUUUAUUGCUUGUGAAUAGUUUAGGGGCUUCAGCCUUCAGCGCCCCUAUCCUCCUCCCGGUUCCGCCGUCUAUGGCUCUAAUACGGAUAAAAUAUUGAAACCCUAGUUGUGGAAUUGGUGUUUUGCAGGAGGUUCUUUAUCUACUGAGCAUGUCAUUUCCAAUCAUCAAGUAAACUCUGAAGCUCAAUGCUUCCUCCGCUGUCAGACGGAACAAACAUGCGUUGGUUUUAAUUACAAACAAAGAAACGACUGUCUGCAGACAGAUUUUACAGAAAACUGUCAACUUAGUAAUAGCAGCAACGAAGAUAUUAAUCAAAUUGGAAACGAAGAAUGGACAUAUUUUGCAGCCAUUCAAGCGGUCAGUAAUGAUGAUAUAAAGCAAUAAUAGUUCAAAGCGUUUUAACAUUUUUAAUUGCUGCCAAAGAUUUAUUGAAUUUAUGGAAACAGAAAAAGCGAAUUAACCAGCUAUACGUACAUGAGUAAUGGCAAACAAAAUAACAGAAAGAAAUUUUAAUUGCAUCUCGACAAAGGGCCUUCUCUCAAAACGUCAAAAUUGUCCUUGAAAAUUUUUCAGGUGGCCGCAUGCAUCCCUAUAAAUCCGCAGGUUUCUUAUUAUGGUACUACCUGCAUUGGCACACCACACAUUUCUCACUAUUCCUAUAUUGCAAAUGUCUUUUAGUGCAUGUGCAUGCAUGCAUGCAAGGGUGAAUAGUAGCGAAGCAGCCUAGACCUAGGCCUUCUAGUCUUACUUAUAUUUUUUCAUAUUCAGCGCUUUUUCACAUGAAAAGACUGGGACUAGGUGAUUUGGGGGCGGGGCGGAGGAACCAAGCCUAGAAGGCCUAGUUGAUUUCCCAACAACAUGGCCAAAACUGCCCUGGUUGCGAAAUGCCCAAUUAUUGCGUUCUCAAACAGAAUUACUUGCAACUUAACGGCGAAUUUAAACCGAUACAGGUAAAAUAAACUCAUUUAUAGUAUAAACUUACUAUUUUUAUUUGUAUACACGUCUAGAAAAUCGGGGUUGUUAUCAUAAAGUUCGAAGCAGCACUAUUAUUUAAUAUGUUGACAUUUACUUGACAAGGUGUAGCGAAAGCACAAAAUGAGUCAAAAUAUAUACCAAAAGUAGAAUCUUUCAUGAAAUUUUGUCUUAUACACAACUACAUUAAUAUAUAUUUUCUCAAUUUUGGCAAGAAGCAGUCUUGUGUUUGUAAAAUAUACAAACACAUAUACAAUUAUAAUUUAUUAAAUAAAACGGAUACAUAUAUUAUUAUAUCCAUUGUUUACAAAUGGUAUAUCCGUAAUAUUUGAACAAUAAUUUCAAAUUCCUCAUUCCCAAAUAUAGUUAUUCAAAGCAAAACAGUAGAUUGUCUUUCGAAUAAAAGAAUUAUUAUUUUGUGCUUUCGCUUCACCUUGUCAACAUAAUAAUAGUGUUGCUUCAAACUUUAUGAUAAAAACCCCGAUUUUCUAGACGUGUAUGCAAAUAAAAAUAGUAAGUUAUACUAUAAAUGAGUUUAUUUUACCUGUAUCGGUUUAAAUUCGCUGUUAAGUCGCAAAUAAUUCUUUUUGAGAACGCAACAAUUGGGCAUUUCGCAAUCAGGGCAGUUUCAGGGCAGUUUUGGCCUUGUUGUUGGGAAAUCCACUAGGCCUUCUAUUUUUUCGCUUGCGUCAGGCUUGUAUCCUUCCUCCGCCCCGCCCCCAAAUCACCUAGUCCCAGUCUUUUCAUGUGAAAAAGCGCUGAAUAUUAAAAAAAUAUCAAUAAAAAUAGAAGGCCUAGGUCUAGGCUGGUAGCGAAAUAGUUGUAGUUCGCCACUGGUAGCCAGUAAUUUUUUACUACUUUUUUAAUACAGUAGUUGUAGUUAUAGUGAACAACAUUUUGCCUAAAAGUAGCCAAGUAGUUGACUACUUUUCAAACAACAAAUCGCUAUUCGCUACCUUUUAAAAUUGUUAGCAACUUGAUAAAAUAGCAUCUAAAAUCAAUAUUCAAUAGUCAAUUUGCACUCCUGAAUUAAUGUAGUGACACAAAUUAUUCAAUUAUUUUAUUGCUAAAUAUUCAGAUCAGAAGUAAAAACAAUACAAAAGUAGAGGAAAGAAAUAAAUCUCGACAAGGUAUUUAAAAUUGCGAUGCCAUAGCCCUUAGGCAUCGAUGACGUUAGGCAUCACUUUACAAUUGAUUAUUCCCUUUCUUUCGUUUUCGUAGCGCUUUGCUUUGCAGUUAUAGUGGUAUCACUGAGAAAUAUAGCGCCCUCGAAUGAAAAUGUUGAAUGUUUUCGGGAAUAUUUUGCUGUUGGCUAUCGCGCACCUGACCCUAGCUUUGUUUAAAAGUUCUUGUACGAGUCAAGAAAAAAAUAAGCCAUUUAAAUAUCAGUAAUACCACUAUAACCACAAUGCAAAGCGCUACAAAAACGUAAUAAGUGGAAUCUAGUAUUAUUCGCUGCGUGAGUUUGUUAGCUUGUUAGGGUUGUUAGUAUUGUCAAACGAUAGGACUUGAUUAGAGUAGUGGCAGUAUCUGGAGAUAUUACAGGAGACAUUUCAAGCACUAACUAGAUUAACAAAAUUUAGAUUUAACGAAUGUUCCAACUAUAUUUUAACUAAUUAAAUAGAAUACCUGCACUCUGAUCCUCAUUUGAUGUGGGCCUUAGUUAUAGUCUGCUAGUUUGUUAGCUUGUUACCCUGCUAGUUAGCUUGUUCGGAAUCAUAAGCUUUGGUAUAUAUUCAAAAAUUGUAGUGCAUUUGUCUUGCGCAUGCUCCAGGGCGCUGCACUGUAAUGUUAUCCACUUUGCAGAGUGGUACAUUGGGAGACGAAUUAUAUAGUUAUUUAUCUUAUAAUAAUGAUACAAUAACAUUAUAUAAUGAGGAUCUCCCAGGGGUUUUCUUGGAACAUGCAUGGGAAUAAAGGAACAAAGCAUAAAAGACCAUGGCGAAAUCUUUGUGAGGAACAAGAAAACAAAGGAAAAAUUUCUAAGCGAACAGAAAAACACCGACCCCUGCUGGGAGACCGUCAUUUAUUAUACUGUAUAGUAGAGAGUGAGAUGCUGAAAAAUACACAGUGAGAUAUUUUCCAUAUCUUCACUAGUGAAGAUUUCGAUUACGUGACUUUUCUAAUUUGCUUUUGAGCAUGAAAUUUUACAAUUUUUUGCUUGGGACUAUAUAAUAAACAGAACAUUACACGGUGGCUUGAAGAUAUGACUUUUAUCUUCUCGUAUUAUUAAAAAUAAUAUGUACUCACCCGCUGCGCUUGUUCGUAAAAUAUUGUUUUCACCACUCGAAGAUAAAGGUCAUAUCUUCGCGCCGCAUGUAAUAUCCUCUAUAAAUAAUACGGUUCCUCAUUGUUCAUAUUCUUAGUUAAAACUGUGUACCUGGAAACGUAGCAUAUUAGUUUCAUUAGUUAUAUUUGAUUAUUCAUAUAAUAUUACAGCUGGGGUUAAAAUGAAAAUUUGGUACGGCAUUGAGGAAAAUGACGUUAAAAGAUUAUACAACGACCCUCGUUAUCCAGACAACCCCGACAAGGUAAAAAUACUUUCAAGUUUUCACACGGGCCUCAACAUCGCUGACAACUAUGGAAGCAGCCUUUCGGCAUUAUAUCAGGUAAAGCACUAUCAAAAGGCUUACAUGAAAAUAUAUAUGGUAUGUCUAUUUUGAUAUCAAUAUGGGCUACCGCGCCCAUAGAACGAAAUAACGCAACGUAUAAAAGACAUGCAGGACAACAAGAGCGAUAAGCAUCGCAUGUUGGCGAGACUUUGCGUCCGUAAUACAGUGAUAAGUUUAUUGAUAGAAUAAAUUUGAAAGAAUUUUCACAACCUCGCCAGCCAUGCCCUCUACUUCCCUCUCCCUCCCAAACACGCUCCAACAGAGACCCUGGAACAGGCGUUAUGUUAAGUCAUAGCAUCAAUGCUUGAUCCUUGGAAGCAUGCCAUUCAUGCACAUCAAACUUAUUUUACAUUUUGUUUUAUAAAUUUCCGACACCAAUGAAAGCGAUAUUAAAUAUAUUAAGCAACGAUGGUUCGAUUCAUGGAAGCAUGAUUUUCAAUAAAUUACAAAUUACAAGCGCAUGAGUUCGUAUAAUGUUCAUAUGACGUUGCAGUAAACAGUUGCGCAACUAAUUGCAAUGACGGACGAUUAUGCAUGAGGACGCAGUACAGUACAACCAUAAAUUUAAUUGAAAUUGGUAUAAUAUAAACUAAUGAAAUAUAAACUAAUCAAAAUAAUAUACAAUAUUACGAAAAAUAUUAAUUUAAAUACGGCACAAGAAUACAUAAAAUAAAAAGAUUUGAGUUUAACGAGCCCUAACGGGGAUUGAGUGCUCAAAUUCUCCUUAAUUAACAUUUUGCCAUUCAUUCUGUACGAAAACAGAUUAAUUCACGUUACCAUAGAACCACAAUGUUUUCUAUUAGAAAUACUUCAUGUGGAGACAUUUUUUGUGCUUGAAGUUACCCUGUUUAGCAGGGGCCACCAGCCCCCCACCCCAAACUUUUCAAAUGACAAAAAGUGCUCUUUUUGGUGAUGAUAAGUGCCUUUUUUGUACAAGCUAAUUUGGACAAAAACGUCAAUUUGAUAAAAAACGUGCAAUUUCGAUAUGGUAUGCCGCAUAAAUAUCCGGGAAAAAUAAUUUAGGUGCACUUUCCAAUAUCCAAAAGUGCCCAUGUAAGACGAUGCCCCCCUUCCCCCCAAUCGUUUGAUGCUUCCUACGCCCCUGCUGUUUAGAAAGCAUGAGGCCUUGUUGCAUGCAUGUUCAAGUAAUAUUUAUGUUGUAACUAAGAAAUAUCUAUUUUACUGAUUUUCUGUUUAACAUGUUCUUUAGCCUUUGCAGACAGGCAAUUAUACGUUUUAUGUUGCAUGUGACAACACAUGUGAGGUGUUUUGGGGAGAAACGAUGGAAGGCGGAAAACUAACGAAGAUCAUUUCUCUCAGAAUGUCUACAGGAUAUCAAAAGUGGAAGUAAGAUAGAAUUUCGUAGAAAGAGAAAAAAAUCAUACUUCCAGCAAAUAACUGUUUGAUAAUUUUUUCCAAUUAAACUGCACUCAAAACAAGUAUAUUUUGUGUUCAUGUAUUCUUUUCAUUUCAUUUCAUUCUAGUAAAACGCCAAAGCAAAAGUCUAAGCCAAUUUAUAUGGUGAAAGAUGGAUUGUAUAGGAUUGAAGCAACAUUAAAGGAAGGUGUGAAAGCCGAUUAUCUCACUCUGGCUAUGCAAUUACCCAGUGGAGAAUUUCUCAAAUCUAUUCCAUCAGGACAACUAUUCUCUAUUUUGUGA